AUGUCUUCAAGAAGGUCAUUGACAUUACAUGAAAUUGCUACAGUUCUUGAGGAAGAUGAUGAUUUGAGCAACCAGAGACAAGAUUUUGAUAUUUUUUUACUUCCACCUGACACCGCCAAUGAUUACCAAACUGACGAGGACUCGGGUGAAGAAGAUAACGUCAGCAUAAAUAAUUUGCCUGGAAGUUUGCUUCGAGCUCCAGCGGAGCUUGCUGCCUCAACCUCAAUGGAAAAACCAGAAACUGAGGACCAAACCCCUCCCGAAUUUCAAGAACCUUUAAAAAAACGUGUCAUGAAUUACAAUUGGCGAAAACGAGACUUGCAGCUAAGACCUAUUGUUUGGAAACCCCUUUAUCAUACUCCUAUUGAAAGAAGCCCGAUAGAAUGGUUUUCUUUAUUAUUUUCAGAAGAAGUAUUUGAGAUGCUUACUAUUGAAACCAAUAGAUACUUAGCACGUAAGCUUCUCUCUGCUGACGUCAAGAUUGAAGAGAUGAAAUGUUUGGUAGGGAUUUUGUUAGUCAGUGGCUACUGCCAAGUGAGCAGAAGAAGAAUGUACUGGGAAAAUGCAUCUGACUCAAGAAAUAGUUUGAUUGCUUCAGCCUUGUCUCGAGAUAGAUUUACACUAAUUUACUCUAAUAUUCAUGUUGCUGAUAAUCUAAAUUUAGAUACAUCCGAUAAAUUUGCAAAAGUUCGUCCUUUAUUAAAAGUUUUAACUAUGAGGUUUCUUGAGCACUGUCCACAUAAGGAGAAUCAUAGUGUUGAUGAGGCUAUGGUCCCAUAUUUUGGUCAUCACGGCUGCAAACAGUUUAUUAGAGGCAAGAUGAUAUGGUUACAACACAAACAACAAUAA